AUGGCAAUGGUGUUGCUCACAUUCGUUGCUAUUCCUACAUCUCAAUCCCAUGAAUUCUAUGGUGUGCCAACCCAAGGCAACCUCCUUUUCCCAGAUCAUAAUCCCCCAUACAUCGGGUCGAAGUCCGUAAUCAUCAACAACCAUUCAACUCGCCCGACAGACGCCAAACCAAGACAGACCAAGACCAUGGCUCCAGACCUUUCUCUGCCCCCCACCUGCCCCGCGCUCUGCCGUUACGGCCAGUACAGCUGGGAUGAAGCCUCCUUCGCUCUAUACACCCUCGUUGAUCUUCCAGCAGAAGACCUGGACAGUCUUCUCACGACCCUCAACAAAGAAUGGCUCGAAAACGAUAACCCGAAACCCAUCGUGCGCGCCCCGAAAGUGCACAAUAUCGCCGGGAGGUCGCUCAAGGACGUUGUCCAGGCCCACGUCGACCUGGACAAGGAAAUCACUCCCGUCUCCGGUGGCGAGGCAGAAGGCAAUGCUGGCUGGUAUCCGCCGGCGUUUAUCGUCGUGACCACGCGGGACUGGGCGGACAAGGGUCUGCUGUUUGUGUUCAUGGAUGAUACCGAUGAUGAUGAGGGGAAUAAGGAGGAUCCGGAGGUCCGGCAGAUGGAUAAGUUCUUCUUCGGCUUGGACGAUGCUCCGUUGUUGUUGUCGAGUUUCAUCUUUCAGGACUUGGCUUUUGUGGAUGCGAAGGAGCAGUAUGGGCUUGAGUAAGGCUUUGUUUGAUCUAUCUUACAGUGGAGUAUAUGGGGGAAUCAUGGGGGCGAGGGACAGAUGACUAGCUAAUAUGAGCUUGAAGGUUAUGAGCAAUUAGUGGACAGAGCGUUGGAAAAUAUUUAACACUCAAAAAGAAUUAUAUCUCUG